AUGGGAGGCGCAGGCAUUCUGUUGCUGCUGUUGGCCGGGGCUGGGGCAGGAGCAGCCUGGAGUCCCCCCAAGGGAAAGUGUCCUCCACGCUGCUCCUGUUCCAAGGACAGCACCCUGUGUGAGGGCUCCACCGAGCUGCCCGACAGCCUCUCCACCACGCUGCUGUCACUCUCCCUCGUCAGGAUGGGGGUCUCCCAGCUGAAGGCUGGUAGCUUCAUGAAGAUGCCAUCCUUACACCUGCUGCUCUUCACAUCCAAUACCUUCUCCGUGAUUGAGGAUGAUGCCUUCAGCGGCCUAUCCUACCUGCAGUACCUCUUCAUUGAAGACAACAAGAUUGGCUCCAUCUCCAAGAACGCCCUGAGGGGACUCCAUUCGCUCACACACCUAAGCCUGGCCAACAACCACCUCGAGGCGCUCCCCAGAUUCCUGUUUCGAGGCCUGGACACUCUGACUCAUGUGGACCUGCGUGGGAACCCGUUCCAGUGUGACUGCCGAGUACUGUGGCUGCUUCAGUGGAUGCCUACGGUGAAUGCCAGUGUGGGCCUGGGGACCUGUGCAGGCCCCUCUGCCCUGGCCCAAAUGCAACUGAGUCACCUUGACCCUAAGAAGUUCAAGUGCAGAGCCACAGAACUGUCCUGGCUCCAGACUGUUGGGGAGUCGGCACUGAGCGUGGAGUCCUUCUCCUACCAGGGGGAGCCUCACAUGAUCCUGGCACAGCCCUUCGCUGGCCGCUGCCUGAUCCUGGUCUGGGACUAUAGCCUGCAGCGCUUCCGGCCUGAAGAAGAGCUGUCUGCGCCCUCCGUAGUCUCCUGCAAACCUCUGGUGCUGGGUCCACGCCUCUUCAUAUUGGCUGCCCGCCUGUGGGGAGGCUCACAUCUGUGGUCUCGGACCAGCCCCGACCUGCGUCUGGCCCCAGUGCAGGUCCUAGCCCCUCAACGACUUCUGCGACCCAAUGACGCCGAGCUCCUGUGGUUGGAUGGGCAGCCCUGCUUCGUGGUGGCUGAUGCCUCCAAAGCUGGUAGCACCACGCUGCUAUGCCGCGACGGGCACGGCUUCUACCCACGCCAGAGCCUGCACGCCUGGCACCGCGACACGGACGCUGAGACCCUGGAGCUGGAUGGCCGACCGCAUCUGCUGCUUGCUUCGGCCUCCCAGAGGCCGGUGCUGUUCCAUUGGUUCGGUGGCCGCUUCGAGAGGCGCACAGACAUCCCAGAGGCCGAGGAUGUCUACGCCACGAAACACUUUCAGGCCGGUGGAGACGUGUUCCUGUGCCUGACUCGAUAUAUUGGGGACUCCAUGGUCAUGCGCUGGGAUGGAUCCAUGUUCCGCCUGCUACAGCAGCUUCCGUCUCGAGGUGCUCAUGUCUUCCAGCCAUUGCUCAUUGCCAGAGACCAGUUGGCCAUCCUUGGCAGCGACUUUGCCUUCAGUCAGGUUUUCCGUCUCGAGCCGGAUAAAGGGAUCCUGGAGCCACUACAGGAGCUGGGACCCCCGGCCUUGGUGGCCCCCCGAGCCUUUGCCCAAGUCACCAUAGCAGGAAAACGCUUUCUAUUCGCAGCAUGCUUCAAGGGUCCCACGCAGAUCUACCAGCACCACGAGUUGGAUCUCAGUGCCUAAGGCUGGGCAGGACCCUGGAAGUGGCUGUGGGGCUGACAAGGGCUUC